AGGACCGAGAACCCGAACCUCGAUUUACAGGCGGUCCUGCUCGUGGGGACUUUGGUGGUCCCGGCCGCGGUGGCUUUGGUUACAGCGGUGGCGGCGCCGGCACUGGAGGAAGACAAAUUUAUGUUUCCAACGUUCGUUCCCCUUCCUUCCCCCCCAUUUGUAUUGUGAUGCCAUCAGUGAUGGGGCAUGGGUAUUAAUAUGACUUGUCUGUAGCUCCCUUUCAAUGUUGGCUGGCAAGAUUUGAAGGAUCUUUUCCGCCAAGCAGGUAAGCCAAGGAUGACAGGAAUUUUUUUUUUUUAUCUUUUUUUUGGACAGCAAAAGCUGUUCCUUGUCAUCUCCCCUCCCUAUGUGUUAAAAUGAUCUGAUGUUGACCCUGAUGUGCCGUCCAGCUCAGCAAGGUGCCGUGAUCCGUGCCGAUGUCCACACUGAUGCCUCUGGCCGUCCCAAGGGCUCCGGAAUCGUUGCCUUUGAGUCCCCCGAUGAUGCUCGCAAUGCUAUCCAACAAUUUAACGGAUAUGAUUGGCAAGGCCGUACCCUGGAGGUUCGCGAGGAUCGUUUUGCCGGCCCCGGAAUGGGCAUGGGUGGCCGCGGUGGCUUCGGUGGUGGCUUUGGCCGGGGUGGUGGCUUCGGAGGUCGCGGAGGAUUUAGCGGCCGGGGGGGUGGCUUCGGUGGACCAGGCUUCCGCGGUGGUUAUGGUGGAGGCGCCCCUGGCUUUGGCGGCGCUCCUGGUGGGCCCGGCUUCGAGAACGUUGCCUCCGUGCCCCCCAACCCCUUUACAGACUUUGCUACCUCUGGAGGUGACAAGAGCGCUGUUAUCUAUGUGCGCAAUCUGCCCUGGUCUACCUGCAACGAAGAUCUGGUGGACUUGUUCUCGACUAUCGGAAAGGUUGACCGCGCUGAGAUUCAGUACGAGCCCAAUGGCCGCUCUCGUGGAACCGGUGUAGUCCAAUUUGACAGCGCUGAGACUGCAGAGACUGCGAUCGCCAAGUUCACCGGCUAUCAGUAUGGUGGUCGCCCUCUUGGCAUCACCUUUGUCAAGUACAUGACCCCCGGUGCCCCCCAGGGCGACGUGAUGGAUGGUGGUGAGUCAACUGGCGGCAUCACCCAGGAUCAGAUCAUGUAAUUUUACCGUAUCUUUUGUAUUCUUUGGUUUUCCAUUCGGAAAAGCUCAAAAGGUGGGGCAAAGCUUGCUUUGAGCCAUGGGAUUCGGGAUUCGUUUUUUGAUAUGAAUGUGAUCUGUCUUUGCGUUAUUUGGUAUCAUACUCGUGUCGACAUUUUCGGGCGAUGAGGUUUUUUUUCAAGGGACAGAUCGGAUCGUUUGCGUUGAUUUCGCCCGACUGCUUUGUAUCCGCGUACAUGAGAUGCGUCUGUGGGAGAGUUAGAAAUUGUAAGGUCAUUCAAUGGUAUACACGUGCAUGGUGAUGAUGAUGGUAAAGAGAUUAGAAUAGCUUUAGCCAGCAUUCUCAGUAUUUCCCCCCAGUUAUAUAUAUUUAUAGUUCAGUCGGUAUCGCCGUAGUGGAUGAAAUACGAUACCCAAGUCAGCUCUGUUGUGU